CACCCUUCUUCCGGCCUUGAUGUGGAUUCAUGCCCAAAGCUCGCAAGAGAAAAGUACCCGUUACUACUACUACUAGCACUCCCUCAGGAAGCAAGCCCCAAGCCAGCCGGACAGUCAUUCGACAGUUCCAUGUCCUGCUGAAACAACAAGCCCAGCUGAAGGAUGCCCAGAAACUAGCGGCAAUCCAGCGUCAGAUCGAUGCGCUGGGAGGGAUCGAGUGUUACCAGAGCAUGUCGGCUAUUGGACAGGGCAAAGAUAGAGGAGGGGGUAGUGAGAAGGUGCUUAUUGGGUGGUUGAAGGAGCUCGGAUACGAACAGAAAAAACACAAGUUACUCGAAGUAGGCGCCCUCCUCCCGGAUAACUACAAAUCCUGUUCCUCAUGGAUCGACGCGACGCCCAUGGACCUGCAUUCCCGCCAUCCCGCUAUUAUCGAACAGGAUUUCCUGCUCAUGGACGAAGAGGAGAACCGCGAGAAGUGGGAUAUUAUCAGUUUGAGCCUCGUUCUCAACUUUGUUCCGAGGGCAGAAGAUCGGGGUCGUAUGCUGCGUCUGGCUCAUAGUAUGCUUUCUUAUGGAGGGAAGCUCUUUCUGGCACUUCCCCUCCCGUGUGUGACCAAUUCACGCUACUUGGACUUUGACCGCCUCCGAGAUAUCAUGCGUGCCGUUGGUUUUGUGGAAGUCAAGCAGAGAUGGAAAGAAACAGGAAAGAUGGCUUAUUGGUUGUACACAAAAGAGCACCCAGAGGCAGCGCAGGACGCUUUCACAAAAAAGUCGGUCUUGCGACAGGGAAAUCGGAAUAAUUUCUGCGUGUUGCUGUAAAAUCCGUGUUUCUAUGUAUAUUUAUCGUACAAAACGUCAUGUCCGCUGCGACAGCGUUUUCUUCAACAACAAAUUUUGCUUCUCCAGUGUCUCUACCUUAGUUUGUGCCGCCUUAGCCUUGUUUAGAAGAUAUUUUGCCCGCUGUGAAA